GUCAUAAUUGUCAAAAGGUGUAGUUCCGUGUCAAACAUUACUUUGACAAAAAUGUUUACAUUUCACAAGAUUCUCGCCUAAACAUGUCUCAUACUGAGACUACUUUGAGGCCUCAGCCCCGUCUUGAUAUAAAAUGGCUUAAAACAAAUCUCGAAAACCUAUUUACUUCUCAGGAUAAUUUGAUAAAUUGCUGGAAUGGAUUGAUUACCGAUGGGGAACUUACAGGAGCCUUCUCUGUUGGCAGGCUUAACAGUGCUGGUGUUACUGCCAAACAGGGUGAAUAUGGAAAAUAUUAUUGUGGACAAAGGGUAUUAACAUGUACAUGCUGUGAUGGAAUAUGUGGCCCCCAUAGUGGCUGUAACUGUCAGCCAUGUCAAAAACUUGAUGCCGAAGAAUCCAUUCAAAAGUUUUCUAAUAAAGAAAAGUUACCAUCUAUUGAAUCUCUCCUGUAUAGAUGGGCUUGGGGUCCUCAACCCAGUAGGGAACAGCUCUCUGAAAGUCUCUACAGCUUGAACCAACAACAAGAAUCAUUAUGUGCAGAAGCAGCAAACUCUGCACUUUCAUCCAUAAGAUUACAUCACCGCCUACUAAUUUUUAAACGUUAUUUCAUUGCUUUAAAUAGAGCUCCGCACCCUAUAGAAGUAGGAUCUGGAAUAUAUACAAAGAAAACAAGUUUAGAAAUCAAUGAGGUCAAAUCUUUAAUAAAAACAAAGAACAAAAUUUCCAAUUUAGAUCCUGCCAGUAGUCUAGCAAGGGUGGGGUCUAGGGCUGCAUUAAAUUUUUCAUUUGCCUUUUUGAGAAGAGCUUGGAGAUUAGGAGAAGAUAUUGAUCUAUGUAGCGAGCUCUUAAAUGAAUCCCUGGAUGCUCUAAGGCUAUUGCCUAUAGCUACUCUUUUUGAACAAACAAAUGUCUCUCCUGUUUGGUUAGAGGUUGUUGAGAGAUCCAUUAAAUUUUUGAAACAAGUUGUUACGGGCGAUUUGUCUAGCGACAGGCAAUAUUGCACUGUUCCUAUUGAAGAUCAGAAUAUAUCCUUGAAUUUAUUACUAGAAUUUGCUUUACAAAAAGCAACACUUAGCAGUAUUCUUGAUGUAGUUUUAUUACUUUUAACUUUAUGGAAUAAAAAAACUCAAAUGACUGAUAACAGGUCUACUGAAGAUGGAGCUAGUGCUCCACUUUUGCCAUUCAUUCAGAGACUCUCUGAAAUCAAGCCAUGCCAAACAAUUUUUACUAACAAAGAUGAAAAUGAGCAGAUAGAUAGUACUCCAAAAGUUUAUCUUGAUUUAUUUGAAUUGCCUGAGGAUGAAGACUGUGAAAUAGACUUAAAACAAGCUGCCGUUUGUAUAAUGGCACAUUUAGAUAGGUUAGCAAGUUCGCACAUUCCUCCUCUUUCUUUUAAUAAGUCAUCUUAUUACUUUAACGGCCAAAAAGUAUGGGGUUGGGGCUGGCUGUCAUGGGCCAUUGGUUCUGGGCCCCAAAGUUGCGAAGCAAUUGCAGAUUUGACUAUCAAACAGAUAUGUUGUUCGGAUAGAGGAAUUUUGAUUUUAUCUUGUUCUGGAAAGGUUUAUUUUAUGUACUAUUCAUCUGAAACUCAGUGCCCGCAAGUAAUCGAAGGGUUAAAAGAAGUAAAUGUGAUUAAAAUAGCUAGUCAUACAGAGGGUAAGCAUUUUAUGGCUCUAACAAAAAAUUCUGAAGUAUAUUCAUGGGGUAAUGGAGAUGGAGGUAGAUUAGGCCAUGGCGACACUACCUAUAAAGAAGAACCAACUCUGAUACAAGCCUUGUUGGAAAAAGAUAUACUAGACAUUGAAUGUGGAGCCACUUACAGUGCUGCUAUCUCUGCCAAUGGUUCUCUCUAUACUUGGGGUAAAGGUUACUAUGGAAGACUGGGCCAUGGAACUUGCGAAGAUUGUCUGGUCCCAACUUUGGUAGCUGGGUUAUCUGGUCAACACGUUACUAAGGUUUCAUGCGGAUCGGGAGAUGCCCAUACUCUUUGUGUUACAAGUCAAGGAAAAGUGUAUAGUUGGGGAGACGGUGAUUAUGGAAAAUUGGGAAGAGGAGGCUCAGAGGGUUCCAAAAUUCCUAGGUUAAUAGAAAAAUUACAGGAUAUUAUUAUAACUGAUGUAUUUUGUGGAGCACAUUUUAGUGUGGCUUUAUCAGAUGAAGGAAAACUAUUUACUUGGGGAAAAGGAGAAGGUUGGAGGCUAGGCCAUCCUAACGAAGAUCACAUACGAAUACCAGAGCCAGUGGAAAUCCUCCAAGAUAAACGAAUAAUUUCCAUGUCAUUAGGAUCUGCUCAUAUUUUGGCUUUGACAGAUUCUGGUGAAGUUUAUGGAUGGGGAAAAAAUGAAAACAAACAAUUAUUUGAUACUCCAGAGGUGUAUAUUCAACAACCAAGGCUGGUUGAAGCUCUAAAAAAGCAAAAAGUUGUUGGGAUUGCGUGCGGACCUACUCAGAGCUUCUGUUGGACUGAUAUUAAUUCUUUUGUACCUAAAAUGUCUUUACCUUUUGUGAUUGAUCUUUCUGAGUCUACCUUCAAGCUGCUUUAUCAAAUAUUGGAAUUGGUUGUGAUACAUAAUCCAUCUUCUCAAGACAAAGAAUGUUUAGCAAUAUCUACAUUAAAACUAUUGCAACUGCAAUUGCAUAGCAUAAUAAAUAAUAACUUGGAUACAAAAAUGCUUGGCCUAGGUGCUGAUAGUAAACUUUUGGCAAAUCUUAAAUCGCAAGUUGUAUAUUUGGCAAGUGCAGUUAAAAUAUUACCCACAGUUCAAGCGGCUGCCCAAGCCACUUUACAGACAGGAUGGUCGGUUUUGUUACCUACUGCUAAUGGUAGAGCUCGAACAUUAUCAUCUUUACUAUUACAUACAGCAGACAUGGAAACAAAGAUGUGCAAAUCAGGCCACAGAUUCAUGACCGAUUUAUUAGUGUGGAGUCUGAUGGCCGACGGAGGUUUAGAAUCAGCUCUUAAUGAAGCACUAGGAGCUGAUGCAUCAGAAUUAGCUAAUAUAGAUGAAAGUUUUGAACAAUCAUCAUCAAUCAUUACAAUCCCGUUGCUGUAUCUUGUAAGACAAUUAGUAAGGAACUUAAGUGUGGCUGCACAAUCAACAAUAAAAGAAGUAGCCGCUACUGGUAAACUUCCAUCUCAGAAAUUUCCACCUUCACCUAGUCUCAAACUUCUGCAGAGAUUCCAGAGAUUGUUAAUCGGUAAAAUGUAUUCUAAACUUCCUGAGUGUCAAGAUUCAGCGGAAACACUGCUUAUUAAGUAUUUGGAUUGCUUUACUUGCUUCGUUACAAUGACAUUAAAUAUUGCUUAUGAAGUCAGCUUGGUAAAUUCCAAGAUUUUUUUGUAUAUUAUGCACAUACUGAAAGGAGACAUUAUAGGAGUAUUACUUCCGGAACUCGUUGUAAGCCUCAUCCUUCUUGAACAAGAAGCCGACAUGUUCUUAAGUACAAUGAACUGGUUAGGGGUUUUUAAUGAUGUUGUAAAAUCGAUAGACAAACUAUGCAGAUUAAUGCCCGAGAUAGAAAUUCAUGACUCAGAUGACAUUGUUUGGCCUGGGAUUACCCAAACGAAGCCAAAUAAUUUUAGCCACAAAAUGUAUGAAGAUUUACCAUUGAUUAGGCAAUCCGAUUUGGAAAAUCACAACUUGGACGGAGGGCGAUGGGUCGUCAUAAAUAAUAAAGUAUAUGAUGUUCAGGAUUUGAGAUGUGAUAAUCCAACAGUAACUGAGAUUUUACAAAAAUAUACGGGCAAGGAAGUGGGACAUAUAAUAAAUAAUUGUCCUCAAAGUGGACAAUUAAUGAAUUUGAUGGAAAACUAUGUAGUUGGUACAUUUUGUCAACCAGAAACAGAAGUACGACAAAAUAAUUUAAAUUAUUAUCACGUAUGUUUGAUGAUGUUGGAUAUUGAAAGAAAUUUAGGUUACUUAUUGGGAUUGCACGCCUUUAACUUAAGACAGAGCUUACCCUUGGCAGCAGAGGAAGUAUCAUCGAGCCAGUGGUUGAAGUCAGCCUUUUUGAGUGGAGGUUUGGAGGUUGAUCAGCCGCCAAAUCCUUAUGAAGACGAAAAGGGAGAUUCGCGCAGCACAAAUUCAACAGCUGAAAAUACACCUACAGAGCCUAGGGUUAAUAUGGUACAAAAAACUUUAAAAUACUUUCAGCAACCUACGGAAAGAAUUAAAGCAUUUAUUAAUGCUUUGGCAGAAAGUAGAUUGUCAGAUCCUUAUGUUAUAUCAUUUUUGGCUAUAGUAGAACAGCAUUCUAAAGCGAAUAAUUUUUUGACUAGAGUGGAUUUUUCAUUUGAGCAUCCUAUAGAAGAAAUUGGUAGAGUACUUUAUGCUGUUUUAAUUAAACACUUAGGACUCGGUUAUGUUUUGAUCCCAAUUAUUGAAGCAUAUGCAACUCAAUCAUCAACAAAAAUUCCAAAAUCUGUAACGGAGAUAAUAAAGUGCGUCCACCAGACAAAAUGGAACCUCAUAAAAACAAGACAGGAAGUUAACAAAGGCUACAAAGAAAUUUGCAUACCACUUUUAGUAAAAUGUCGAUUUUUACUGUAUGAAGUAAAACCAGCAGUAAGUUUAGAAAUGGAGGCAUUUAAAAAAGUAAAUGUGUUAUAUAAAGAACCCAGAGUAAGAACUUUGGUGAAGAAAGUUAUUAAAGAUUUAAAAUGUGGUAGACAUACUUCGGAAAUACAGAAACCUGAAGAUAUAGUAAACGCUACAAUACAAUCUCAAAGUAUAGAAAGACACAAAUCUUCAGAAGAUAUCAGUAAAAUGAGAAAAGCUAGUUCAGAUGGAAAAAUAUCCGAAUCAAAAAGUGAGACUGAUGAUGUUAACAACGAAAUAAAAAACAGUACACAAAAAGAAAAAGCAUCAGCAGUUACAGAAAGUUUUAAUUCCAAUGCUUCAAAACCAGUCAAAAAUUGUGUAGAUUUAAAAAAUGACUUGGAGGAAAAAUGGAAUGUGGAAAAAACAGAAAAUAUUACUAGAGCCGAACCGACUCAACAGGAAAAAGAAAAAAAGUUGGAAUCACAGAUAAUUUUGACUGGUAUAGUAACAAAACUGCACGAGAAACAAAUGAAAAAAGUUAGCAAUGAAAAUUUAGAUUUGAUACAUUCUAUAUUAGAAUUUAUAUUGCAUUCUUCUUGUGAUAUUGAGAUUUUAAGGAAAGUUAUGUACAAUCAGGUAAAACGUUGCAAGGCACGCAAAGAUGGUCUCCAAAUGAUUAGUCACCUCUUAAAAGAAACAUCUUUACUAAAUUCAGUUAAAUAUUCAAUAAUGACUGGUUAUUUGAUCUUAAAUAAAAAAGAAAGUUCUUGCCAUUGUCUAGACAAUAUAGAUCUUGUUACGCCGUUUCUAAAAACGGAUAUCCUACUAUCACAACUUGCUGUUACUGAGUGGUGCAUAGAAACACUAAGAGCCUACAUUUUAAGAGACAUUCCUGGCAAAACGAGUAAAUCUAAGGGCACAAACGCUAAAGUUAACCUCAAUUUAGGAACUUAUACUUUGCUAAGAGAUCUUCCCAGAGCUAGAAUGAUAUUAGCUAUUCUAGGAAUACUAUCUUCUAACAGAUACAACGCACUGGAACUAAGCCCUAUAGUAAACAGCGGAGUUAUAAGUUCAGUAUUAGGUCUAUUAAAACAAUGUGGAUGUGAUCAGGGCAUCGUAAAGAAAGUUUCAGAAUUUUAUGUGUUGUAUGCCGAUAUGAUUGAAAGUAACAAACCGAAAACAAGCUGUUUGUCAGGUCCGGAAUUAGCCAAUUUAAUGAAACUGGGGACUAGAGUUGUUAGAGGAGCUGACUGGAAAUGGGGAGAUCAGGAUGGAAACCCUCCGGGAGAAGGUAGAGUAAUAGGUGAACUUGGAGAUGACGGAUGGGUUAGAGUAGAAUGGAGCAAUGGGACAACAAACAGCUACAGGAUGGGCAUUGAAGGAAAAUAUGACUUAACUUUGGCCUCGCCUCCCUCGCCUGUUACUUCUGAAUCUGAAACAGAAGAACCUUCAGAUCACGGAACUCAAUUAGUGAAAGACAACCAACUAAUAAAACUGCUACGCGAUGCUAGUAUCAAUUUUUUAAGAAACGUUGCUAUUAGCACUGGUUUGACUAAAGAUAACUUACAUCCGACAACGCUGCAUGGUUUAAGUAGUCUAUUCUGCAACUCUUUAAAUGCAUCUGGUUCAGAAUGGGCGGAUUUAACGUUAGUUAGAAGCAUAUGUCAAUCUCAUCAACUGUGCAAAGCUUUUAGUACCAAACCCUGGAUAAAAAUGCUUUUAGGAUUUUUGUCACCACCUAAUACCACUGGAGGAAAUGAAUCUUUUUUAUUGAAACAGAUACUUACAAUUAGAUUGCUUCAGGUCGUUUUGAAAUCUUGGGACCUGGAUAACCCAGAUAUACCUCCUCUACUCGAGAAAUUGCUCAACGUUUUAGGAAAAAUUAUAUUAACAUGCUCUUACGAUACAUAUAACAAACCCUUAACGUUAACAAAAUCUUCUGUACUUUUAACACAAACUCAUAGUGGUACUGUAACUCAAGAAAUAAUAAAUUUAUUAAGAAUGCUACAUGGGCUAGUAGGUUGGAACCAAAUCCUUAACGCUAUGCUGAUUCAAAAGUUAAAUUUAGCAGCUUAUUUAUUGAGUGACGCUUGUUUUCCUACCAUGAUAUCUGAAACAUCCUCUUCAGAUCAACAACAUUACAUGGUUGUUGCAUGUCUUAACGUAAUUGGUGCUUGGGAUGCGAGACCUAGAAUAGGUGCAUUGGCUGAAGUUGAAGGGUCACAAGGAACAGUCAUUAGGAUAACUCCUAAAGGAAAGUUGUGGAUUCAAGUUCAUGAGAACGGAGAAGUUAAAAAAAUACCAAUAAAUAGUUUGAAGCUGGUAGGAGACUCGGAAUUUAAUUUUGACAGAAUGGUACUUGGUGAAAAUUUUGUGAAGACAUGGGCCAACCUUUUGAUGUUCAGACAUUCUCUAAAUAAUCACGAGAGAAAGUCCCAUCAUGGACAAGUCAAUUUGGCUUACUUAAGAACCCAGCAGAACAUUUUAUGCACACUUAAUGCAACCAGAAUUCUCCAUGGUAACCAGUACAAGCUCAGGAAAGUUUUAAAAUAUCCUGUGAAUGGCAUCGAUCAAUCUCAAGAACAACAGUCUAUAGAAGAAGAAUUAAAUCAACAACCGAUUCUUUUAAUUCAGAAAUUACUUUCAAAGUCCAUUCAACCGAGUCCUCUAAAACCUGGCUUCACCAUUCAAGAGAUGCAACUGGCAGCUCUCAAUUUGAGUCAGUUUCUGGCGGCUGAAGGUUGUUUUGAGACUCCUAGUAAUAUAAAUAAUGACAAGGUUACUCCCAAAAAUGGUACUCGAUGUAAUAGUGAAUUAGCAACUCCAAAUAGCGAGUGUUCUGUUAAUAGCGUUGUCAGUGAGAGAACAAACAAAAGAAGAGAGUUAGAAGAUGAAACACCAGUCCACCCAAUGGUUUCUCAAAUAGUGGAAAUGGGGUUUACAAAAAAAGCAGUUGAAACUGCUAUAAAAUCAUUAGCAAUAGCACCUGAUUACAUGUCACCAGAAUCUAUAGUAAGUUGGUUACUAGAACAUCCUGAAGUGGCAGCUGAAGAUAGUGACUCCUUGAGUUCAGUUUAUGACUCAGAAACCGAAUCAAUUUCAUAUGAUAAUGCUCUAGGGGCCCAAUCUACUAACCCCUACGGUGAUGAAAAACAUCAGACUUAUGCUAGGCGAUCACAAUUUCUAUCUACCGAUGAAUAUGCAAUGUAUGUACGCGAUAAUGCAGAAGUUGGCAUGUUAGUCCGAUGUUGCAAGAGUUACGAAGAAGUGCAAUUAGGAGAUAUAGGAAAAAUAGUGAAAAUAGAUAGAGAAGGGCUGCACGAUCUGAACUUACAAGUUAACUGGCAGCAUAAAAGUACCUACUGGGUGCGAUUCAUCCACAUCGAACUAUUGGGUUUUCCGCCAUCUUUACCUGCUCCUUCUGUCAUUAAAGUAGGAGAUAAAGUCAGAGUUAAAUCUAAUGUUACUACGCCCAGGUAUAAGUGGGGUUAUGUUACUCAUGAUAGCGUUGGGAUUGUGACAGCUAUUUCUCCAAACGGACAUGACUUAACUGUUGAUUUUCCUAAACAGCAAAAUUGGACCGGACUUUUAACUGAGAUGGAAAUAGUGCCGUCCUGCCAUGAUGGCGUCAGCUGCAAUGGGUGUUGUAUAAUGCCAAUCAGAGGAGCUAGAUUCAAAUGCAAGACAUGUGAAAGCUUUGAUUUAUGUGAUAAUUGUUUCUACACAAAGAAAAAUCAUAGGCAUUCGUUUUCUAGAAUUGACGAACCAGGAACCCCUGAAGUAUAUGCUGGCAGAGCUGGUCGGUACUACAGGCAUGACACUGUUGAUUUAGAAGGAGAACUUAUAACAGAAUGGAGCAGAAUUGUUAAAAAUGUCACAGUUUCUUCAAAAUAUGCAGUACGAUUUGAAAUACCUGGUACGGUAUGGCAAAGUUGUGGAUCUCAAGGAAAACACUGGAUCAGAUUGGACAUAUAUCCUGAUAUAACAAUAAAAACUUUAAAAGUGGGAGUAGAUCCUAGUGAUAAUAGCUACAUGCCAUCCGCUAUUGUUAUCAAUGGAGGUUAUGCCAUUAAUUCCAUGACAGAAUUAAAUGUAGUCAAUGUGAAGAAUCAUGAUACAUCCGUUUUACUCCUAUCAAACAUGGAAAAACAUUAUCCACUGAUCGAAAUUAAUAUAAUAAAAUGUAGAAAUAACGGAAUAGACUGCAAAAUUCAUGGUAUUACAGUAGUUGGUAUUAAAAAACAAUCCUAUGGCGAAUUAAAAACAUCAGUUUCCUUUUUGGCUAAUGAUUGGGACUUGAGUCAGGAAUCUACACCGGGACCGUCUUUGGUCACAGUCACACAAGAAUCAAAUAGUGAAUCAUCACAAAACACAAAUGGCGGCAAAGUAUAUGUUUGGGGUUUAAAUGAUAAAGAUCAGUUAGGAGGAAUGAAAGGUUCGAAAGUUAAACUACCCAUUUUAUCCGAUUAUUUGGGCCAAUUAAAGCCCAUUCACAUAGCAGGUGGAUCAAAAUCACUUUUUAUUGUAUCCCAGGAAGGUAAAUUAUAUGCCUGUGGUGAAGGUACUAAUGGAAGGUUAGGCUUAGGCCAUAAUAAUAAUAUUGGUACUCCAAGGCCUAUACCAUUUUUAAGUCAGUAUGUUAUAAAGAAAGUUGCUGUACAUUCUGGUGGUAAACAUGCCAUGGCUCUUACCUUGGAUGGAAAAGUAUUCUCUUGGGGAGAAGGCGAAGAUGGUAAAUUAGGACAUGGGAAUCGCCUUAAUUUAGACAAACCCAGGAUGAUAGAAUCGUUGAAAAGCAAAAAGAUCAGAGAUAUAGCCUGUGGCAGCUCUCAUUCAGCAGCUAUAACUAGUAGUGGAGAAUUGUACACUUGGGGUCUAGGAGAAUAUGGACGUUUAGGCCAUGGCGAUAAUGUAACUCAACUCAAACCAAAAUUGGUAAAGGCCUUGGUAGGCCACAGAAUUAUCCAAGUAGCUUGUGGUAGUAGAGAUGCUCAAACUCUAGCUCUUUCGGAUGAAGGACUGGUGUUUUCUUGGGGAGACGGAGAUUUUGGUAAAUUAGGACGAGGAGGUUCAGAAGGAUGCAACAUUCCUCAUAAUGUAGAAAGAUUAAAUGCUCUUGGGGUUCUUCAGAUCGAAUGUGGUGCUCAAUUCUCAUUGGCACUUACCAAAGCAGGUGACAUUUGGACGUGGGGCAAAGGGGACUAUUUUCGACUAGGUCACGGCACAGAUCAACAUGUUCGAAAACCAACAGUAAUAGACACUCUUAGAGAAAAAAAAGUUAUUCAUGUUGCAGUUGGAGCUCUACAUUGCUUAGCUGUGACAGAAAACGGUCAAGUUUAUGCUUGGGGCGAUAAUGAUCAUGGUCAACAAGGAAAUGGUACAACAGUAGUCAACAGAAAACCAGCGUUAGUUCAUGGUUUGGAAGAUGUUCAUAUUAACAGAGUCGCUUGCGGUAGUUCGCAUUCCAUAGCUUGGACUUUACAGGAUUGUCAAACUAUUUCAAAGGUAGAACCUGUUAUUUUUCCAGUAGCGAAAGAUCCCCUUGGAUCAUCUAUUUUGGGACUUUAUGUUGGAGAAAAACCUCAGAUAAGACUGAAGGACAAAAACGCACCUACUCUGAGUGGUAUAGUAAUGUCUCUAGAGAGCAAUACUGCAAAGCAACAAGCUUUGCAACAUAUUUUAAACGCCAUGCACAUACAACAACUAAGGCAAUCUAUAGUAAAAGCUCUGUGUAGUCAUACCAACAUUAAAAAUAAUACUAAGCAAACUAGUUCUACUGAGACACCAUUGGAAAGAUCAUUUGUUAAUGGAAGUGUACUUUAUAAAGAUGGAGAAAUUGCAUUUGGAGGUGGAGAAGCCCCAGUUUCUAUUGCCGAAAUUGCUGCAGUUACGAGUCCGAAUCCAACGUCCCCCGAGGCUGAAGAAAACCCAGCAGCUGUACUUUUACAAUCAAUGACAGCAAGCAGUUGCUCGGCUAGUAUCUCUUCUAAACAUUCUAGAAUGUCGACUAGCGCUAUGUCAGUAAUUGCCGCUACUCUAACAUCACAUGCAGAAGUUAUAGGUGACAAUGGAUUUAGCGGUUUAGACGAAUUUACUUCAUUAUUGACAGAGAAUGAUGCUAGAUUACUGGUAGAUCUCUUAAAACUGGCGGUAGCAGAUAGAAUCGAAGACGAUCAAGCUAAAGAUAUUUUGUCAUCGGUAUUAAUAACUAUGGGAAACUCAAAUCGAUCAAUAGGAGCUAUGUUGCUAGAGCUUUGUGUAACGGAAUUGGAAGAUACAAGUAAUAGUACACAAAAUCUUUCCACUACACCACACCCAGUGGUGCAAGAAUCUAGCCAUCCUUAUGUAGACGAUGUUACACUAAGAGGUCAUGUCAGACUUCCAGGAGGAGAUGCUUUGAGAGUAGAAUUCGACAGAAGAUGUUCAACAGAAAGGAGACAUGAUCCAUUACAAAUUAUGGAUGGAACUGGUAGAGUUGUGGCAACAAUGUCCGGUAGAGAAUGGAGUGACUGGUCGUCUGAACUUAGAAUUCCAGGUGAUGAGCUUAGGUGGACGUUUACAACUGACAGUUCGGUCAAUGGUUGGGGAUGGAGGUUUACCGUAUACCCAGUAAUGUCUAGUCAUGGAUUAAGCGAUUUAGGAUCGGAUAGAGCCAUUUUGAGUCAACCAUCAAUGGAUAUGGUCAUGAGUUUGCUGGACCCAAGGUUAUACCCAUCGGCUGACUCAGCCUUGAUGUCACGAUUAGCUGCUGCCUUGGCAGCAUGUUCUCAGUUAAGUUUUCUUUCGGCUAGUCAAAGAAUGUGGUCGUUACAAAGACUUCAUAGAUUACUUGUUGGAGAAGAUGAACGAGGUGAAAUUGUUCCCCUUCAAUUACAAGAACUUAAAGCUCCAGAUAGUGCUCUAGGUUGUCUUCUAGAAGAAUUACCCCAAGCUUUGUUAAGACAGUAUGAAUAUGAGGAUGGGUCUGUACGAGCUGGACUUCAUUUGAUGCAUUCAGAUUUCUUUAAGGUAUUAGUAUCUCUCGCCUGUGAUUUAGAAAUGGACAAAAUGGCGAAUAUUAUUGACAACCACAAAUGGUCGUGGUUUAGAAGAUAUUGUCAUGCAGCCAGGGUUGCAAAAGCAUUGAUACAUCGAACAGUUUUACCAUUAAAUUUCUGCCAAGAAGUAAGGAAGAAACUUUCAGAUUCCAAUGGGGAAGCACCUGCAGAUUAUUGGGAGCAUGAAAAACAUCCAGAAUUUAAAAAGGAACAGGAUGAACAAUUACUAAUAUGGCUUAAUAGACGUCCUGAAGAUUGGACUUUAAGUUGGGGAGGAUCUGGGACGAUUUAUGGCUGGGGACACAACCAUAGAGGGCAAUUAGGAGGUGUAGAAGGUUGUAAAGUUAAAACUCCAACGGCUUGUGAAGCUUUGUCUACAUUGAGGCCAAUUCAGCUUGUAGGAGGUGAACAAACGCUUUUUGCAGUUACUGCUGAUGGGAAAGUCUACGCUACUGGAUAUGGUGCUGGGGGAAGAUUGGGCAUUGGUGGAACCGACUCAGUAUUGGUGCCAACUUUAUUAGAAUCUAUUCAACAUGUUUAUAUUAAGAAAAUCGCAGUAAAUUCAGGAGGAAAACAUUGCCUAAUAUUAUCGGCUGAUAAUGACGUCUAUUCUUGGGGUGAAGGAGAUGACGGAAAAUUAGGCCAUAGCAACAGAUUGUCGUGUGAAACUCCAAAAUUAAUAGAAGCCCUACAAGGUUAUGAAAUUAUAGAUAUAGCAUGCGGUGGUGCUCAUUCUGCUGCUAUUACAUCUUCUGGACACUUAUACACAUGGGGCAAAGGACGAUAUGGCAGAUUAGGCCAUGGAGAUAGCGAAGAUCAACUUAAACCAAAAUUGGUGGAGGCUUUACUAGGAUACAAAGUCAUUGAUGUAGCUUGUGGUUCUGGAGACGCACAAACACUCUGUAUAACAGACGAUGAUAAUGUUUGGUCCUGGGGAGACGGUGACUAUGGAAAACUAGGAAGAGGAGGUUCUGACGGAUGUAAAAUACCAAUGAAAAUAGAAAGUCUAGCAGGAUUGGGUGUAAUCAAAGUUGAAUGUGGAUCACAGUUUUCAGUAGCUCUGACAAGAUCCGGAAGUGUAUAUACUUGGGGUAAGGGCGAUUAUCACAGACUAGGUCACGGUACCGGAGACCAUGUAAGGAGGCCAAAAAAAGUAGCUGCGCUUCAAGGCAAAAAGAUUAUUUGUAUUGCUACUGGAUCUCUCCAUUGCGUUGCUUGUUCUGAUGAAGGAGAAGUAUAUACUUGGGGAGAUAAUGAUGAAGGUCAGUUGGGAGAUGGUACUACAAAUGCAAUACAUCGGCCAAGGCUCAUAACACAUCUGCAGUCAAAUGUGAAGAAAAUAACAAAUGUUGCUUGUGGCUCGGCUCACACGUUGGCCUGGUCGACUAGUAACGCCAGUAGUGCGUGCGCUCGCCUACCAAACAUCGCUCCUCUCGAAUAUGAUCUCUUACAAGAUAUUUCACCUCUAGUAUUACAUUGCCGAUUGGUUCUUUUACAUCAUUUUGCCGAACUUAUUUGUCCAUGCAUAACGAUGUUUCCCAUCACUGGACCAGAUUCUUUGCAUGAGUUGAGGCACAUAUUGAUUUAUACGAUUAAAGAAGCGACUUUUAGGAAGGUUGUACAAGCUACUAUGGUUAGAGAUAAGCAUCAUGGACCUGUCAUUGAGCUGAACAGAAUACAGGUCAAAAGAUCCCGAUCACGAGGUGGUUUAGCAGGAGUAGAUGGUAUGAAAUCAGUUUUUGGGCAAAUGGUAACGAAACUUCCCCUUUUGACCUCUGAAACACUAGCUCUACCUCACAGGGUGUGGAAAGUUGAAUUUGUAGGAGAAAGUGUGGACGAUUGUGGAGGUGGAUAUAGUGAAAGCAUCGCUGAAAUGUGUGAUGAACUUCAAAAUGGCUCACUACCUUUGCUUAUGCCUACUCCAAAUGGUAGAGACGAAGCUGGAGCUAACAGAGACUGCUUUAUCUUGAAUCCACAGGCAAAGACGUGUUUACAUCUGAAUAUGUUUAGAUUCUUAGGUGUCUUGAUGGGAAUAGCAAUACGUACAGGCUCUCCACUAAGCUUGAACCUUGCAGAACCUGUAUGGAAAGAACUAGCUGGUAUCGAAUUAACUCCAGCUGAUUUGACUGAAAUAGAUAGAGACUAUGUGCCUGGACUGUUGUGCAUUAGGGAUAUGGCACCCGAAGAACCCUUAUUUGAAAAUCUUGAGAUGCCGUUUUCUACACCUUCUUCAUGUGGUACAGACGUACAUUUGAGUACCCGAUACAAAAGGAUCUCGUAUGAAAACCGACUAGAAUAUGUGAGGUUGGCCCUCAACUUUAGAUUGCACGAAUUUGACGAACAAGUGAAAGCUGUAAGGGAUGGGAUGUCGAGAGUGGUACCAGUGCCGUUAUUGUCUCUUUUUAGUGGAUAUGAACUAGAAACUAUGGUUUGUGGAUCUCCCGAUAUACCAUUAACGUUACUCAAAUCUGUUGCGACUUACAAAGGUAUUGAUAGUAGUGCCCCACUCAUUCAAUGGUUCUGGGAAGUAAUGGAAGAAUUCACAAACCAAGAACGUUCGUUAUUUUUGCGAUUUGUUUGGGGCAGAACCCGAUUACCAAGGACUAUUGCAGAUUUUAGAGGCAGAGAUUUUGUCAUACAAAUACUCGACAAAUAUACCCCACCAGAUAACUUUUUGCCUGAGAGUUACACUUGCUUCUUUUUGCUUAAAAUGCCUAGAUAUUCAUGUAAGCACGUUUUGCAUCAAAAAUUGAAGUAUGCUAUCCAUUUCUGCAAGUCAAUCGACAAAGAUGAGUAUGCUCGUGUCGCCAUGACAGGUGACCUGGCCGUGAGCUCCAGUUCAGAUGCAGAAAGUGAUCCAGAAAUGGACAGCAGUCACUAAUAAUUCUGCCUCCCGUCCAACUUUGUUUUGAUUUUUAUUAAAAUGGGUUCUAAUGUAUUUGGACCAUUCACAUACCUUGUUUCACAAAAAUUGGUUUCUGGAGUGAAUUUUAAUGUCAAAUGUUAAUCGAAAGUCGAAGGUUGUCACUUGUCGUCAGCCAGAAAGUACAUUUUUGUGAAAUAAGGCUUUAUUUGUUUUAAAAUAAAGUAUUUUCUUUAUAAUAAGAGUAUUUAUUUAUUUACAUGGGAUCAAUUUGCCGUUAAAGAGUUGUUUUAAGAAUAAACAUUAUUUAUUUUCAUGAAAUCAAUUUAUUUUGUAAUAGUUUUUCUCUAAAGAAACGUUCUGUCUAGUUUUUGUGACAGAUAUUAUCAUUACACAAUUUAAAAAAUUAGCUUAUUGAUCCUAUAAUUUGUCUACGUUAGCUUAGCUUAAUGAAUGUUUUUUUAUACCUAUAUUGUUAUAAAUCUGUUGACAUUCCUCGAAUUUAAUAUGGUCAAUUGAAGUUUUUUACACUCUGUAUUAUUGAUGGAGUUUAUGUAUAUCAUAUUUUGCUACAUACACACUUUGCUAAGGUCCAACUUAUGGGUCUCUACAUAUUUGUGCAUUCGUUUCAUAAGUGUUCUAUAAUUUUCUAAAUGUAAUGUACUAGUCAGUUAUCUAAUUAAAAUCCAUUAGAUAAUUAUAAUU